AUGCAUACCCAAGAUUUAUCUUUGGACUCCACAAAACAGCUAUGGCGUCCUCUGAUGGAUAUUGACAUAAAGUUGAAGAUGCAAGAAUAUCAGAAUCAAACUCUUAAUUACACCUACUCCAGUGCUUAAAAUAUCUAUAAUUAACCUUUGCAACAUCAGCCAGUUAUCAUCAAACAAAUGAGCCCUUCUUCAAUUAAAAAUUAAGCCAUAUAAAGACAUCAUAACAAGGAAGUAAAGCCUAAGAUCAUAAAUAGAUUUGAUGCAUUUAGAUAGAUACUCUAGGAGAAGAAGCAGUUCUUUGAUAAUUACUAUCAAGACUUAUCAACAAAUCUUAAGACAUAGACGCCCUAAACAGUUGGCGCAACUAGAAAUAUAUAGAAUAUAUUGCGAUCAUAAGAAGAAGGAAAUAGAGCUAAUUUAGCAUAAGAUAAUAAUAUAAGAGAUGAUUACAAUGAAAGCAGUUUUGGCAAUUUGCCUAAGUCGUCUUAGUCAAAAAGAGUUGGUAAUCAGCAAUAUUACAUGAAUCAAACUCUGAAUUAAAUAUCAUCUGCUAAGGUGUUAUCUACCUCUUCCGCUGAUGGCAACAAAGGUACUUAAAGUAAUUAGUUUCUAAUGAACGUUAGCGAUUAUAAUAGCUAGAUGAUGAAUCAAAAUUAGGAUCCUCUAUCAAUAUGCUAAUUCAUCCUCCCAUCAACCUUACUACGAAAGAAUAAUACUAAAAGACCUUUGAGUAGCUAUCAAUAAAAAAUGAACAAACUUAAACAGCCAAAUCCUAAGAAGAAAGAGCCAGAUAUCCUUUGUGGGAAGAAAAUAAACAUUAAAAACUUCGUUGAUAUCAUCCAUGAGCAAGCAGCAUUCAAUGAUAAACUUAGAGCUCUCGGUGAAAGUCCAGCAAGAAAAGCGGCUGGCUGUGGAACUAAUGAUUUGAUAAAUGAGGAUGAAUUAAUAAGUUAGACUUAGUAGGUUACUAAUUCCAUUUCUAAUCUUAAGCCGAAUCCUAUAGACACUAACCCAAGGCAAGUAGUGAGUAAAAGAGAAAUUAUCAUGUAAAAUAAGCAUCAACCUAUUAGUAGAAAUUCGUCUGAUAAUUUGAUACAAAAUAGAUCUGGCUUUAAUAUUGGCAAACUCAGAUCUGUAAGUAUCAACACUCUAGAUGAUAACUAGGGGUCUAAGGAGAGACUAGCUCCUAUGCAGAUAGAUAUAGAUGGAGAUCAUCAAGAUUCUCCUGAUCAUCCCAAGCAGAUAGUUAUAUCAAGUGUAAAAGCAAGAAAUGAGGACUGUAAUUCGAAUUAAAAUGAAGGAGUCCAGGAAGGGAGACAUAGUAGCAAUAAUCGAAGCUUGAGCCUGAAGAAAAAUAGGAUUCCACCAAAGAUCAUUCACUCUCAGCAUAAUAACAUGAUGCUAAACUUUAAUCUAAAGACGUCUAACGGAAGGCCAAGAGUAGGAUCACAUAGCAUUGCAGCAAAGGGAUUAAGGACUUUAAAGAAAGCAAAAGGGUCAGAUAGAAAGUAAAAACAGCUAGGACGAUUUAUAUAGUAAGAAUUAUCAAGUGAUGAGCUUACCAAAUAGAAUCUGUAAACUUAGAAUGAGAAAUCAGCUACAGUACUCUUUGGCAAUAUUAUCCAGUUCAAGGAGCCUGAUGCCAUCAUGUCUAGGAAUCUUAAUUCUAAUAUUCAGGCAUGGAUGAAAAUUAAUCAUAAUAUUACUCUUGACAAGGUAGAGAAGUUAAAUCGCACUUAGAUUAUAAGCGAGUCCAAUCAGAAUACAGGGCUAGCUAGAGAUCGAAGUUAAAAUAAUAAUUUCUACAGUCAAAAUUAUUCCUUAAAUGGAGCAGAUCAUAAAAAUAUGAAAAAUAUCUAGUAUGUCAGUUCUAAGACUCCUGGAGGCAUGCAUUUUCAGCAUAAUUAAUAGCCAGGUAGGCACUAUGAUUAGAUAAAAAAGAUUAUAUGGUCUAGAAGAGUUUACUCUUGA